UCUAAGGUCUGGUCUUGUUCUUCGCACUUCUGUGAACAAAGAUGAAGAAAAUGUACCUGCUGGCGUUCUUCUCCUUGGUGUUUUUGGGUCUUUGCUCUUCUGGAGUGACUGGCGACACCGUCUCCGGUAAAGAGCUAGAGGCCCUUCGAAUCCUUCAUCGUUUAUCUGUGGCGCUCAAAAACAAUGGAGGAGGCAUUGGAGACGCCAAAGGAGGCAAACCUGAUGUGUAUGACGGUGGCCCUGAUGACGACACUGAUGAAGAGACGGAAGACACCGAAGGCACCAAUUUAGUCACCGAAGACGCUGAUGGAGACACCGAGGGCACCGAUGGAGACACCGAGGGCACCGAUGGAGACGCUGAUGGAGACACCGAGGACACAAAUGGAGACAGCGAGGGCACCGAUGGAUUCACUGAAGACGCUGAUGGAGACGCCGAGGGCACAGAUACAGUCACCGGAGACGCUGAUGGAGACGCCGAGGGCACCGAUGGAGACACCGGGGGCACCGAUGGAGACACCGGAGACGCUAAUGGAGACGCCGAGGGUACCGAUGGAGACGCUGGUGGAGACGCCGGAGACGCUGAUGGAGACGCCGGAGACGCUGAUAGAGACGCCGGAGACGCUGAUGGAGACGCCGGAGACGCUGAUAGAGACGCCGGAGACGCUGAUGGAGACACCGAGGGCACCAAUGGAGACACCGGAGACGCUGAUGGAGACACCGAGGGCACCAAUGGAGACACCGGAGACGCUGAUGGAGACGCCGAGGGCACCGACGCUGAUGUGUCGUCAACAAGAGCAACAGAAAAGAGAGGACAAGAUGCUGAGGACCUCGAAAACCUCGUAAGGACCUCAAUUGAAAUGAAAAGAGGAAGAAGCGCUGGUGCUGAUGAGCUAUCCUUUCAGAGCCGCCGUCAAAAUAGCGAUCCUUGCAACAGCUACCGUGUACUAAAUCAGCCGUGGAGAAGUGUCGACAUCCCUGGUUAUAAAGGUAAAUGUGACAAUGGCUUUAACGGAGAGUGGUACCGCUUCAUGAGUCCUGCCGGUACUUCAAUGCCCACACAACCCCCGCCAACCGACUACAGAUGUGGUACGCAUGCCCCGAUAUGGAUGAAUGGACAACAUCCCAGCGUUGCCGAUGGAGAAGUCUCCCGCCAGACGUGUGCCUUAUGGGGCAGUAACCCCUGUGUAGCUGGCUGGACAAGCCCCAUCCGAGUGAAGGCCUGCAGCGCUGGUUACUACGUAUAUAAACUACCCGGGGUUCGCUGCCACUUAACCUACUGCGCUACAGAUUUUCAGGACGUUUGUUUCCCCAGUCCUUGUGAGAAUGGAGACUGUGUGGUCGCAGCAAAUAACUACACCUGCAACUGUCGAUCUGGUUUCGAAGGGGGCAGAUGUGAGAGAGAUAUCGACGGUUGUUCUCCCAACCCUUGCGAUGCCGAAGCUACUUGUGCAGACAUCCCGGCUCCCGGGAUCGGGGCGAACUGUACCUGUCGGUCUGGCUUCGUGGGCGAUGGAAGAUCAAGUGGAUCCCGAUGCACACGUGCAGUUGUACCAGGUGAGAAGAUCAUCUUCCCCGGUCCAAGAGACGUUGAUGACUAUGCCAGGAUGGAGACCACAUUGUCUGGGGACUUAACCAGUUUUACCCUAUGUGUGCACAUGCGCUCCAACAUGGCCUCUAGCAAUCAGAUCAGCCUGGUCAGCUACGCAUUGUCACAACAUAACAACGAGCUGCUCUUGUUUGUUAAUGGUGGAUUUCAAUUAUACAUCCAAAGCGACAUCCGAAUGGCAGACCCACCCGUUUGGGACGGUGAGUGGCACACCGUGUGUACUACCUGGCGCAGUCGCGAUGGGGCCUGGCAGUUCUACGUUGACGGCGACCUGACGGCUUCAGGCUCGGGGUUUAGAGUGGGAGGAAGAGUGCGCAGAGGCGGAACAUGGAUCCUCGGUCAGGAUCAAGACCGAGUUGGGGGAGGAUUCGAAGCGAGCCAGUCAUUCAUCGGAGAGCUGUCGGAAGUGAACCUCUGGGACCGCGUGCUGUCUUCAGCCGAAAUAGCAGCGGACUGUAGUUACCAUGGCAACGUGAUUGACUGGGAAACAACUAACAUUAGAGUCUUCGGAGAGGCCAGCAAGGCUGAGUAUCAUCGAUGUGCACGUGCACGUGCACCAGUAUCAGAAUUGUCAGCUUCCACCACCUGCAGCAACGACUACAUGGAACUGUCGAUUCCGGAGGAUCAGCUGACCGACAUCGACCUGAACAACCUUCACUGGAGGCCUGACCGGAACUGUGGCGCCACUACCAACGGUUCUCACUACCUGUUCCGUACAGAGUUGUACGACUGUGGAACAGAGGUGACCUUCGGCGCGAAGUACGUGACGUUCCUGAACACCAUCAACAUCCUGGGUACCCACCUGAACAGCGGGGUCAUCACCCGGGAGGGCGACAUCUGGAUCACAUCCAAAUGUAACUACGAGCGUAAGGAGUGGGUGGACUCGACCUUCCUGCCCAUCCCGGGCGGACUGAACUUCACGGAGGAGGGGUUCGGUCAGCUGGAGGUCCGGCUCUCCAUGUUCCCCACCCGGCAGUACCAGAGGCAGUACCGGGCAGACCAGUACCCCAUCCACCUCAGGCUGCGCCAACACGUCUACAUGCAGCUGGAGGUGCAGGGACACGCACAGAAACUCUCCGUGCUGGCGCUGAACUGUAAGGCCACCAUGUCACCUUCACCUAACGACAGCCUGCAGUAUCAACUCAUCAGGGACGGCUGUGCCUCUGACCCCACACUGAAGACCUACGACGUUGACGACCCCGGCAAGGAGCGGUUCGGUUUCGAGGCGUUCCGCUUCAUCCGGGAGGUGAGGACGGUGUACGUGCACUGUGAGGUGCUGGUCUGUGACGCCGCUGAUGCUGGAUCCCGCUGUGCACAGGGUUGUGUCAGGAGGGGCAAAAGAGCUGCAGGAGAGGUCGACAUGAGGGGACGUCACAUGAUCUACCAGGGACCAAUCGUUCUGGAUGAUUACAAAGAAGCUGAACACGCUGUGCGCCUGGUGGAUGACCAGGAGACUGGCCCUGCACGCCGCGGUGCACCCUGGGCCAUGCUGGCUGCCGGCUGUGUCCUGGCGGCGCUCGCCCUUGUCGUGCUGGGCACGGCCAUCGUGCAGAAGCGCUCCCGCCGGGGGGAGUGGGCCUACCACGGUCUGAAGGACAGAGAGUAGAGCAGGCGAUCUGAAAACCACAGGCUAGCCAGGCUGACGUCAUGUUUACAGUUAACACCCUAACGUCAAGAUUUAGCCUAUGUGUGGUUUGCACCUUGCCUUCAAUUUUGGAUACAGUCACCAGUUUCAUUAUAAAAGCAUGUCGGGCAACGUUUUGGAUGAUCUACAUUUUCAUGUUUUACUUUCAAAAAACAAAUGACAAUAUCUUAUUAAUAUCAUACCACCAAUUUGAAACCAUUCAAUGCUACACUCUGCUCCCCCUCCAAUACUCCGCAUAUGCCCUUCCACUGGGGGUCAGGGCUUCCAGGUCCUCCUUGGUGCAGGGUUCAAACCACAUAAUGUCUCUCGAUUGUGGACCACAUUUACAGCGUGGAAUGUAUGCCAUUGUUUACGAGAUGAUGUGCACAUACCUUGAAACCUGACACAAUUUUCCCUACUUUGGGCCACACCCAAAAAAACUUGCAUCUGUAAACGAUUAUGCCAAUUCUUGUGAAUUAGUGUGGACCUUCACCUAAAACUGACACUUAAAAGCAAAUCCCACUUAAAAUCAAACAAGUUCAAAGAUUGAUACACCCAAUGACCAUCCAAGACGUUUGCUCGUGAUGUUUUUUUUAGCUAAGAUCAUUAUACCCCAGACAUUUUUUUUUCUUUCUUGAGUUUUAUUACAAUUAGAAACAUUGAGCAAAAUUUCUGGAUGUACCUCGAUGAUGGUUGAACUUUGGCCAGAAAUUUCUUGCCGAACCAGAUACACAUUCUUGAAUGACCAACUCCAAUUUAAUGAAAAGCGUCACUUCUAAACGUGAUAUUUCAAAGAUAGAGAUAGUAGAUAGCAGCAUUGCCUGGGUACCGUCCUGUUGGUUUUAUGCUUUUUUUUUUCGUGUACGUUUUCACCAGCUACAGUUGCUGGUGCCGAAGACAUAUCAGGAAGUUUGAUGAUUCUCAAAUCCGAACUGAGCUGAAAAUAUAGAUUGAUUCACAUACCAUCCAGAAAAUUUGCUCAUGUUGUUACUAAAUAGGAUAAGAUUUUACCCAAGAUGUUUUUCUUUAGUAUAAAGUUUGUAAUGACGUCUUGGUAACAUUUUGGGAUGACGCCUUGUGAUGAGGGGCUGUAUCAGGAGGAAUGAGACAAAGGGCAAGACCUUUUGCAAGUAGCCAGCCCUACCAUUUUCAUGUUGAUAUUUUCGUGGUUUAAAUGAUUUAAUUACACAACUCGCCUUUCAAACCGACCAACCUUUGUGGAAUCAAAAUGACGAUUCCCAGACGAAAAGUUGCUUUACCUGUAUGUUCACACCCUAGAUCUUAAUACCCACAAUCUAAAAACUAAUACAUUUAAAGGUCACCCAUAAAUGUUACACAUGAUGACAAUGUCCAAAGGACAAAAUACUCAAGAUAUCAUUCAUAUCUACAUUUUGAUGAUAAUCUGAGCAAGGUUUUUGAAUGACAUUUUGUAAAUUCCUUAACAAAAUUUUUCUCAAGUCAACACAGGGUUGAUUUUGAACAUUCCUUCCAAAAUUAUCAUUGUGAUUAGGUCGUAUUGACACCUGAUGCUUACAGCUAAAAGUACUCAAUUGAUUUGUCAUUCAAAAAUUUCACUCAUUAUCAAGAUAUUUGCAAUAACAAUAACUUAGUAGCAAUGUCAAAUUCCCA